GACAACUUGGAGUCUUGCAAAAUCUCUGCGAAACUGCUUGAAGAAGCACAGCUAAAAGGUGACACGUUACCACUACGAGCAUUCUGCUUUGCUGUGGCAACUGCUCUGAAGCAGAAUGAUGUAGCGCAAGCCAAAUUUUAUUGUUCACAGAUAAUGAAAACAGAGAACAAACUAUACAAUAAUCUUAAAGUGCUUGUCCAGCUCAGAUCUGGUUCGCUAGAAGAAGUAAUAAAGACAUUAGAGGCAGUGGAAGUAGAUACUCCUCCCUUUGUGAAAAAAAUUGAGUUUUCUGAGCAGGUGCUGGCUACAGUCAAGGAAAAGAUGGAAGAAAACCCUGACCUUUCUGCAAAAUUAAGAGAUAUUUAUAUAAGACUACAAGCUUCAGGACAGAUAACCAUGUGCACGCUGGAAGACAUGCUUUUCCAGAUUCCUAGUUCAAAGAAGAUCCCUGCAAAGCUUUUAAAUCAGAAGCAAUUGGGCUAUCAGGCUGCUAAACCACUUCGGUCAAAUCUGUUGUUGGAAUAGUUCAAUACCUGAUGGCAAACUGAACUGCUGUUAGCAUCUCUUACAAGUCAGGUUCAAAUAAAAUGUCUUCUCCCCCUUCUCCACAAUGAGCAAUUGUUUAAGUUGUUUGUGUGAAACUGCAUUUUAAAUACAGACCAUGUAGCUUCCACGUUUCAAUUUUGGUGCUUAAAACAAGCUGUGAUGGUGGGUAUUUGUGUGUUGUUCAGAAAUGGAGCGAUAAAGUGGUUUGAAGUUUUUCUU